AUGAAGUGUGCCCAUGGCUGGUUUGGGGCGGACUGUGCUCAGCCCUGUGCGUGUCUGAACAGUGGUGUGUGUGACCGCCGCAGUGGAGAGUGCAGCUGUGGCCCAGGCUGGGUAGGACAGCACUGUCAGACAGCAUGUGAGGCUGGCCUGUUUGGCCCAGGGUGUGAGGAGCAGUGUCGAUGUAAACAUGGGCCCGUGUGUGACCACGUCAGCGGAGUGUGUGUGUGUCCUCCUGGCUGGAGGGGACCUCUAUGUGACAGAGCCUGUCUACCUGGCUCCUAUGGGAAGGACUGUGUGCUACGUUGUAACUGUCCCCACGGCACUUCCUGCAACCACGUUUCCGGCGAGUGUGGCUGUCCUCCUGGAUACACUGGCAACGGCUGUGAGCAGAUAUGCCAGCCUGGCACAUAUGGGCUGAACUGUAACCAGGUGUGCCAGUGCCCUGGCACCAACCAGCUAUGCCACCCUGACACCGGCCUCUGCUACUGCACCCCCGGUUACCAUGGUUACAACUGUAAUCAAGAGUGUGACAAAGGACGGUACGGCCCAAAUUGCGAGCGGCUGUGCCAAUGUAGGAAUGCUGGUGUGUGCCAGACCACCACAGGCACCUGCCACUGCCUGUCUGGCUACAUCGGAGCAGACUGCAACAUCACUUGCCCAUCAGGGCGUUAUGGGCAGGACUGUGCCAAGGUGGCUUUGUGUGGGGAGGGGGCAAGGAGUGACCCAGAGACGGGCAGGUGUGUGUGCAAGGUUGGCCAGCGGGGAGAAGACUGCGGACAGGGUUGUGCCCAGGGUUGGUAUGGGGUGGACUGUGGCCAGCGCUGUAACUGCCGUAACAGUGGUAUGUGUGACCCAGUCUCUGGAGGCUGCACCUGCGGACUAGGCUGGACCGGACCCAGCUGUGACAGAGAGUGCCCCUUAGGGAGUUACGGGGCCAACUGCAAACUGCGGUGUGAUUGUAACAACAAUGGGACGUGCGAUAGAGUGACGGGAGAGUGCCGGUGUGACCCGGGAUACUACGGUCACCUGUGUGAACACGCCUGCCCUGCUGGUUUCCAUGGCCACCGCUGUCAGUUCCAGUGUAAGUGUCGAGGCCACGCCUCCUGUGACCCCAGCACAGGGCACUGUCUCUGCCCUCCUGGUUACCAUGGAUAUCGCUGUGAGAAAGAGUGUGAGCAGCGUCGUUUCGGGGUGGGCUGCAUCCAGUCAUGUGACUGCGAAGGGGACACCCCAUGUGACCCCAUGACCGGCCGUUGUCUGUGCCCCCCAGGGAAGAUGGGCACGCAUUGCGACACAGAUUGUCCAGUGAACCGCUACGGCCCAGACUGUUCUGAGAGCUGUGAGUGCAGGAAUGGGGGGUGGUGUGACCCACGGAACGGCCGCUGCACCUGUCUACAUGGCUGGAUAGGACCCACCUGUCAGGAAGGAGGGUCCCUCACGUCUCCACAGCUGGGCAACAGAAAUCAAGAAAAGAGUCACUCACACACUGUCCCAGUAUAGCACCCCCUACUGACUGACCCCCAGCCUCAUACAACUGCAGCCUACUGGUCACUUCUAGAGAUCACAGAGUUCAAAACUGAACUGAAGCACUCUCAAAACAACAGACUGUUUUGUACAGAGAAGGGAGUGCUAUGGCGGGGCCUUGGUGAACUAAAGGGACUUCUGAACUGGAGGUGCCAUUUUGCAGCGUUGUCUAAUCGCAGACUUUGGAGUUCAGAUAACACACUACCCUCGACAUCACGGGGAUGACUGUCCUAUACUCCAUCUUACAGGGUGGACUCUUAAAUGUGCUCCAGAGUUAACAGGCUGGGAUAAUUGUUUUUGCCUGCCCUGGAUAAGAGGACAUUUCUGGGUCAAAUGCCAAAAAGGAUAAAGUCAUGCGAGGUUUACAGAAUUAUUUACUGUAAAAUACAGUUGUUGAAUAUCAUGUACCAUGCUUAACAGUUGUGUAUUUGUGUGUACAUUGCAUGUAUGUUGUGUGUAUGUAAAUGUGUUCAUGUCUACAAUUCAAUCAUGUUGUACGUAUACUCAUGAUAUGGUCGUAACGCAUUGGAAGUCAGUAUUUUUUUGAACAUUGAGGAGAUUUGCUUCACGCUCAUAGCAUCUUCUAAAGUAGUUGUAGUCAUCCUUACUGGCUUCUCCAAAAACAAUAGGCUACUCACACGCAUGGUCCAUUUGAUUUGUAUAUUUACAGCCACCAAUGCACUAUACAGACUCUUAUGGCACAGUUGAUUUAUAAAUCAGAAACCAUUCAGGAUCAUUUUCAUCUGAAUGAAAUACUCUACAGUAUUUGGGAAACCUGGAAUGGUGAUGAUGACUUGCCCACAGGUCAAUAUGCCUUAGUCUAUACACCUUAUUUUACAUGUACAGUGGGGAUAAAAAAGUAUUUAGUCAGCCACCAAUUGUGCAAGUUCUCCCACUUAAAAAG